AUGAGUGCAAUAAAGAGGAAAGCAGAGAAGCAGCAGAGCUCUGCCCCUCGCUCAGCGGUAAGCGCUGUUGCCGCACGCCGAGCUCGACAGCAACAACUACAAGAAGUCGUUUCUUCACAUGAGAAUGCGCCAAAUCAGAACCAAGAAACUGGACCUCCAGCAAAAAAAGUACGACCGUCACUGGAUAGAACCGCAAAGGAUGUCCCGACGUCAAACAUCGAAAGAGCCAACAGGAACCGCCUAGCUGCUCCGGUGAAAGCUACCUCGGCAGACUUAGCUUUCGAAUUGAGCAAUAUCGACGCAGCAGAAGCAUUGAAAAGCGAAGCGAGCGGUGUUGAGGAAAUAAUUAGUGACCAGAAUGACGAAGAAGAGAGUGCAGACAACGCAACUCCCUCUCAAAUGCCUACCACCGCCGAAAACUUUACGCUUUCAAGGAACCGAUUGCGGAAGAGUGAUAUCGUUUAUAGUGAUGAACAUAUGCUAUGUGUGCGGCUAAAGGAAAAGACGACACUGGUUCUUGUAGGCAUCUACGAUAUUUGGGUGAAGAGAGGUGUGAUUAGUUUAAUGGGUGCGAAACUACAUCCCUCCACAAAAACAUAUCGGGUAUACGCGCCAUCUACGCAUUCACUUCCCGUCAUCAAGUGUGUGUCUGGUGUUGAAGGGUUUGCGGAGAUUGAGCUACAGUCGUGUUCAAGCAACUUACAAGGGCUCAAAGAGCUAUCACCUCACUAUUCGCGGAUUUGGAAUAGUAGUAAGACUGUCGGCGACAGCGCAACCCUCAACAAAUCGUUUAAACGAUCAUUUUCUAUACUAUAUACAUCAUCGGACGAUCCUCUAAAUCGACCAUUGCGACCUCUUCACUUGGAAAAGAAAUGGAGCACCACGAUCAAAUCUCUUUCGUGCCGUGCGCACUCAUUAAGGACCCUGAUAUGUGGUCCAAAAGGCGCUGGAAAAUCGACCUUCGGGCGCUACCUGCUUAACCAUCUUUUAACACCCGCACCUGAUGGAACUUCUGAUAAUCUAGAUGGAAUCGCAUUCCUCGACCUUGAUCCCGGACAACCGGAAUUUGCACCUAUGGGGAAUAUAUACCUUGCGCAUCUCCGAGAACCUUGCUUUGGACCACCUUUCUCUCAUCCAAACUUGGAUAAUUCACGUUAUGGAAAAAUCAUUCGGUGCCACCAUAUAGGUGCAACCUCUCCGAAAGAAGACCCCGACAACUAUGCCUUGGCCAUAAUGAAUCUCCUGGAUCAAUAUCGCAUGUUAACCGCUACAUACCCGAGAUGUCCUCUUAUCAUAAACUUCCCUGGUUGGAUUUUCGGUCUGGGUUUAGAGGUUGCUACCUGGAUCAUACGAUCAACAGGGCUUUCGGAUGUCGUAUACAUGAGCGAAAAGGGGCCUACUGAGGUGAUUGAGCCAUUGGGGCAAGCGGCGUCGGAGGCUGGUGUUGCUCUUACCACUUUACCUUCCCAGCCGGUUGAUACGGUCACAAGGUCGAGUGCUCAAUUGCGAUCUAUGCAGAUACAGUCGUACUUUCAUAUGACGCAAUCUGAGGGAUUAUUGGAUGCUUUCUGGAACGAAUCACCUCUUAUACGCAACAAAUCGAUUCACGUCAGCUAUUCAGGUCCUCAGCCUGGAAUAUCCGGGAUUAUGGUAUUAGGAAACCAUUAUAGUCCGCAAGUCCUACGAGAUAUCAUAGACGGGUCAAUUGUGGCCGUCGUCGCAGUUGAAAAUACUGGUGCAAUACCUGGUUACUCGGAAGCCGAAGCAAAACCGGAUGGCGAUAGCCAUACAGAUGAAGUGCAGCCCGACGCAAUGAAUGAAGAUGAAAGUGAAGAUCACGAGACUCCCAACGCUGGUCAAUUAUCUGCUUCUCAAAGCAGGCAACGGGUGAAAGAUCUCUUAAAUGACACCAUUACCCGCUGUCCAAACAGCGGCCUUCCAUACCUCUUCUGGGGUGCAGGCAGUAGCACCCCAUUAGAUCCCAAAGGCUCUCGUUCUCUAGGUCUCGCAUUCGUUCGCUCAAUCGACGUAUCUUCGCAAAGACUGGAAUUGAUCAGUCCGAUACCCAGCUCUUCCAUUCGUGACGCCAUCAAUCAAGGACAAAGUCUCGUUCUGGUCAGAGGAAUGGUAGACAGCCCCGACUGGGCUUUCAGUGAAGAGUACUACGCAGCACGCAAUGCCGAGCAAGAUUUCACGACACAAAUAUCGCAAUUAAGGAGAAAUAAAGCGGAAGCUCAUGGCAAAGAAGACGAUGAAACGAGAAGAGAACAAACCGAGCAACUGCGACGAUUGCAGGAACGCGUGAGAGCGGCAAGUAAGUUGCCGUAUUUGAAGGUUAUUGAUGAUGCUAGUGCGCUGCAUCAGAAUGAGAGGAGACAGGAGAAUGGGACGUGGAGGUUGAGGAAGAAGGUUUAUAUUGGCAGUGAUAGUGAGCUUGAUUGA